AUGCCUGAAACGACCCUCGCUGAUAGUCACAUCGAUGGCAGCUCUAACAAGAAUUCUACCGCGGAUGUGAAUGCAUCACUCUCUGACAAUCGUGUCCAUCUCCUACUUGCGGCAACCGGAUCAGUCGCAACUAUCAAGAUAUUCAAUAUUCUCACUGCUCUCGCUCCACAUACUCAUAAGCUAUCAAUACGAGUAAUUUUCACAUCAAACGCCAAGCACUUCCUAAGUGGCCAGUCUGCCGAGCAACCUACCGUCUCCUCUCUCCUCUCCAUCCCUGGCGUGGAAGCCAUCUAUGAUGACAGUGCGGAAUGGGGGCCAGAACCGUGGCGCCGCGGUGCUGAUAUCUUGCAUAUUUCUCUCCGGCGUUGGGCAGACAUCCUCGUUAUUGCUCCUCUUUCCGCGAACACAUUAGCCAAGCUCGCCAAUGGUCUCAGUGAUAACUUACUGACGUCAGUAUGUCGGGCGUGGGAUACCGAUGGCCAAAUUGAUGGACAUCGAAAACGAAUUCUAGUUGCACCCGCGAUGAAUACAGCUAUGUGGCGGCACCCAGUGACUGCUAAGCAUAUAAAGGUGCUUGAAGAGGAGUGGGGGGUUAAGAAAGAUGAGGAGUUCGGAGAGGAGACUGGAUGGUUUGAGGUGUUAGCGCCGCAAGCGUCAAAGGUCUUAGCAUGCGGGGACAAGGGGGGUGGUGCCAUGUUGGAAUGGACUGAGAUUAUCAAAAUUAUUGAGAAAAGGUUGGGUUUGAGUGGGAAGGAAUAG